ACAGGAAGUGCUGGAGGUAGAGGAAAACAGGAGAGGAAGGAUAUCAGCUGUGAUAUUAGUUGGUCUCGCGAGAGGUCCUUGUUUUAGGGCCCGGGGUACCGUGUUGUGAUGGAGCCGGCGAUUGGGCUCUUCUGUCCUGUGGUAUGGUCAGCCGGGGACUGAGAAACCAUCUCGAAACCCCGGCCGUACAGAUUUGGCGACUCCCAGGAUCGCGGCUCCCGCAGCUCCACCUGCUAAGCCGGGAGCAUGUGUUUGCGUGGGCCAGUUUGCAUACACCGCAUGGGCUCCCCCUCUUUUUGGGGUCACGGCCCCCUGUGGCAGUCUGGUGAAGCCUGUGAAACCCUGCUCAGAAUAAUGGUGUUGUUUUAAAGUGCAGGAUGGAAGGAAGGGCUAGCUUACAGUUAGAGGUCAGUGAAAAUAAAGACGUAAUCGCUUCUUUCCCGUCCUUGUUCACGGAUCCCCCGAAAUCCCCCACGCACCCUGUGGAGGGUCUGUGGAUCCCAAGUUAAGAAUCCUUGGGCCAGAGGCUGGAGGCAUCAGGACAUCGCGAGUUCAGUGAAAGCGGCAGUUUGACCAUCUUCACCCCCUUCUCUUUAGACGUUGUCCGCGGGAGGACUGGGCUGCUUUGAAGAGCCCGAAUCAGUAUUGGUUUUGUUUGGGAUUGAACUAGGGGCUACAGUAGCUUGUGCAUGUUGGAGUUUCUUCCUUCCAAAAGAUUUGCGUUGGCCUGCUUGGGAGUCUAAAAGAGCAUUUAUUUAUUAAGGGCUUACCAUGUGCCAGACUUUGUGCUAAAAGCAAAAGCACCAUUCUGGGCCUCAAGAUUUUCCAUGCUAAUGGAGAUGUUAAUAACUGACUCCAUCACUACAUGCCUAUCUCCCCCAGUAUAUGACAUGAUUUGUAGACUUGGGUUUGAAGUAAAAGAAAGCCAUGACAUCCACAGUAUCGUAUCUCAACAUGGUGAAGUAUGUUGGAAAACACUUGCUGAAUGUAUGUGCUAUACAGAUUCAGAAGGAAAAGAUGUGGAUUACUUAAAGAGUGUGAGCCUCUUGGGGCCUGUAUGUGAAGCUGUUCACACUCAUAUAUAUUCCCUGACUAAGGCACAGUUUGAAGUGCAAUAUGCCAUUUGGUUCCAGUGGACAAAUUUUCCAGAGCUAUUUCCUGAAAUAUUUGUUGCUUUGAAGAGUAUGCAACCUGCAGCUAUUCAUCUUAGCUUAAUGAAACUAACAUCAUGUCUGGAACGAGCUUUGGGAGAUGUGUUUUUAUUAAUUGGAAAGGAAUGUCCAUUUCUUUUAAGAGACUUACUUGUAUCUAAGGAGCUUGCUGAAGUGUUUGGACAAUCUGUGAUGAAUAUCCUCAGAGUAUUUAUUGGUUCUCCCUGUGGACUCAAUCUGCGUAAUAUUUUGUGGCAUGGAUUUGCAUCUCCUCAGGAAAUUCCUCCAAAAUAUUGCUCUAUGCUGGUGUUGUUGACGGCAGGAUUGGGACAACUAUUAAAAAAUUAUCUUCAGCAAACCAAUUUCACAUUUGUACAUCGGCCUUUUCUAACUUUUAUACACUUAAAGGAAUUGAUCAUUUUUCCUGAUAUUAACGAUGAAGUACUGUCAGUAGUUGAAGAACUAAUAAAGAAAUCUACUUUUGUGUUGAAAAUCAUGAUCCCAUUUUGGGAAGCUAUAGUAAUGAAAUUCAGAUCACACAGAUAUGCUGACUGUAUAAUACUGUUACUGACACAGCUGGAAACUGGACUCCGAAAACUCUUUACCACACUUAAUAAAUGUCCAAAAAGAUUUUUAACAGCAGAGUCUACAGCUUUUUACACCACCUUUGAUGAAAUAUUAGCAAAACAACUGAGUGAUGAUGAAAUCAAUCAUCUUCCUCUUUUCCUUGGAGAACCUGCUAUGGAGUUUCUUUGGGAUUUCUUGAACCAUCAAGAAGGCCCCCGUGUAAGAGAUCGCUUAAGCCAUGGGGAGAUCAACUUAAAUGACUUUCCGAAGGAGAUCACAAAUCAGCUACUUGCCUUUUCCAUUGUACUCUUACUCAGAUUUGUUGGAGGAGAUGUGUUAUCAUUUUCUAAGGAGAAUGCAUCAAUCAGAACUUUAAUCAGCUGUGCAAAUUGCUAUUGUUCCCAGUUCCAUCCAGUUUCUCAGCUUAAAAAAAAGAUUCUUUAUUGUGAGAAAAGCAUCCGAAUAUGGCCUCAGCUUCCAUUAGUGCCAGUGGAACAAAUUCAGGAAACAACUAGAUUAGAAGGCAAUUCUGAAACCAGUGAUUGCUAUAAUUUGAUCAUAAAAAUUUCCUCUGAGCUCCAACAUUACAUGCCCCCCAGUGACUGUAAUUUGAGUAAUUUACUGGAUAAUCCUCCCACAGAAAAGUGGUCCCUUUUGCUUCAUGAGCUUUGCAGCAAACGCAUCAGAACUUUAUAUUGUCCAAGGUCUGUCCUUGAAGUCCUUGUUAUUCUUCAGAAAAUAAGUGCACAUUGCCAUCUAGUGUCUGAGCAGAUUAUUGCCACUACAGAAAUACGAUUUAAACAGUGGAUACAAAAGACACUUCGGUCUCGCCAGAGACAGAACUUUCUACGCAUGUUAAACAGUAUUAAGCUUUUGUCUCCUGUACUCCAGCUAAUAUUAUUGCUGAUCACACUGGAAUUAGUCAACAUUCAUAUUGUCAAUGAAAAAAAUGCUUGUGAAUACCGGCAGUAUUUAAAGUUCUUGAAGUCAAUCUUGCAGUACACUGAGAACUUGGUGACUUAUUCCAACCAAGAAAAAAACAAAUGGGAUGAAUCCAUCAAUAUCACACAUCAAGUUUUAGUAAAAAUAUGGUCUUUUAGUGAGAAAAAGCAAAUGUUAAUACACUUAGCCAAGGAAUCCCCAAAUAAAGUUAUUUUAUGAAAAUUCUAAUGAGUGAAAGGCUAAUAGUGUGAUAGUUUUCUCUUUAGUAGUUUCCUCUUAGGUUGAAAUAUUUUGGAAGCCUAAUGUGUAGUUUCCUAAUUUUUAUUUAUUUAUUUUUUUGGUGGGGCAAUGAGGGUUAAGUGACUUUCCCAGGGUCACACAGCUAGUAAGUGCCAAGUGUCUGAGGCCAAAUUUGAACUCAGGUCCUCCUGAAUCUAGGGCCGGUACACCACCUAGCUGCCCCUCCCAAUCUUCUUAAAAUUUCAUGUUACUAAUAUUGCCUAAGUCUUGUAAACCCUUCAGUCAUUUUUUUGAUUGCAGGAGUGGCAAGAAGAUAUGAGACCUCACAUUUUGUUCUAACAGUACCUUUCCUCAAGUCAUUUACAUAGCUACAUGUUGAUAAUGUCAAGACAGAUAAUUGCCCCUAAAUCUGAAUUUCUAUGUUCUUUUUCAUCUGAGAGGCUCAGAGUACUAUAUAAACAUUAAUUUAUUGAUCCUCUUACACUUUGAGUUUUGUGGGGAAACAAAUCUCAUUCAUUUAAUACUCAUUUCAUAUUUGAAAGUGGGAAGCCAAGACUGAGCUAGGACAGGAAUCCAAGUUACCCAGCUUCCCCUAAGAAAAACCAACUAGUAAACUUUACUAGUCCUAGUUACUUUUCUUCCUACAGGACUUGAAAUUCAGUCUCACAGGACUUUUUGUGGAAAACACAUAUAAAAGUUCAGUAUGGAAUCCCAUAUGGGGUAUGUGAAUGACAGGGUGAAUGAUGUCUGAUUGAAGUUGACUAGAAAAAAACGUCUCAACUAAUGAGUUGCCUCUUAUUUUCCCAAAAGAUCAUUCCAGAGCCAAAGCAAACUUAGGGCUUUUUUGGAUUACGUCCACAACAAAAACACAAAGUCUCCAUGCUUCUCAGUUACCUUACCAGCAGUUGCAAAAGUAUAUAGAAAACUAAUGCUGCUUAGCAUUUGGAUUGGGGAAGGGCAACUAGCAGAAUAGGUGGUGAGAAUUUAGAAAUGUCACUGUUUUUGCUAAAUAUUGCCAUCUGAACCUGUCUAUUGUAUUUUAAGUCAAAUCAUGAAAUCUUUUAAUCACUUUUAAUAGGAGGCAAAAAACCUCAGUUUAUAAAAGCAAAUGACCCAGUUGGGACAGUGGGAAAAAUACUGGCUUCUAAUACUAAUAUUUAUUAGUGUGACUUUGAAAAUUGAACCUCUUCAUGCCUCUGUAUCCUUAUCUAUUCAAGGAAGGGGAUUGGACUAGAUCGACGGUUUUAAACUCAAAUAGAAAUAGGAUAGGGCACUAAACCAUACACAAGGAUCCUCACGAGCCACAUACCAACUUAGAAACACAUGUUCUGUGUUCUAUUGUAUUUUUACUUAUUGUGUUAAAUGGUUCCCAGUUACAUUUUUGUUUUGUUUUGCGGGGCAGUGAGGGUUAAGUAACUUGCCCAGGGUCACACAGCUAGUAAGUGUCAAGUG